AUGUGGCAUUUCGUUUUAUUGGGCUUUUGGUUUGUGCUUUUUAUAUUUGCAAAGGUAUUGGCACAAGAGCCUGUUGUUAAUAUACCUCAAGGUCGGAUAAUAGGAAUCAAAACCUAUACGAAAGGAUCAAUACCAGUGGAAAUUUACUACGGUGUACCCUAUGCUACAGCUCCAAAGGGUCGUUAUAGAUUUUCGGCACCAGAAAGGCAUACGGGUUGGAGCCGCACGUUCAGUGCUCAUCGAAUCCCUCCCCAUUGUCCACAUAUUGGAGACCAAGAUAAAGACAAUUACAGUGAAGAUUGCCUUUUCCUCAAUAUAUGGACACCUCGGCGUGUUGAUGGGAAAACACUACCAGUGGUUGUGAUAUUAUAUACCGAAUCAUGGGUUAGGGGGGGAAUAUCACUGCCUUGCCAAGAGCUUGCAUCCGAAGACAUAGUAGUUGUUACAGUUAUGUAUCGUCUUCACUUGCUUGCAUUUUUUACCUUAGGAUCAAUAUCAGCUCGGGGCAACUUGGCACUCUUAGAUCAGUAUUUAGCUCUUCUUUGGGUACGUGACAAUAUUGCUGCAUUCGGUGGUGAUCCGACUGCAAUAACCCUACUUGGGCAUACAGCAGGUGCUGUCAGUGCUUUACAUCAAAUAACAUCACCUCGAACUAUAGGUUUAUUCCAACGAGCCAUUAUUAUGUCACCAUUUGAUAUUUGGAAAGCUAUGGAUGAACAAAGAGUUAUUGAAGUAGCUGAAGCUGAACGAAUCUCUCGGGAAAUUGCGCAGUUGUUGCGAUGUGACAAUGACACAGAUCAGGAAAUCUUGCGCUGUAUGCGUGAACGCCCUUUAGCAGACAUAUUGUCGAUCUAUUCGAAUGAAACUUGGAUAAGGGCUAUGCAACCAAUACCUGAUACUUUUUUACCAGAAUCUGAACAGUUCUUACCUAAUUCAUUAUUGGUAGCUUUGUCAACAUCUACGCAACAAAACUUGCAACUCGAUGUGCUACUAGGAGCUAACGACCUUGAAAUAUUAAAUUACAAUGAUGAUAAACAUGAUGAACUAAUAAAACGAGGCAAAUUGUAUAUCUCCGACUACGUUAAUAAUAAAUUGAUACCUGAAAUCUUAGGUCUAUUUUCUAUGGACUCGGCUGCAUUGCCUAUGCUAACAGAAGCAAUUCGAUGGGAGUAUUGGAUCGAAAAGUCUAAAAAAGAUGGAAAUAUUCUUAACGCAAUUGAAUCACUUGCUCGUAUUGAAUCAUCAGUUCAAUGGGGUGCUGGAAUUGCGCUAAUUGCCUCACGAUUAGCAAGAAGAGUUGGUCGCCUAUAUGUUUAUCGUUAUUCUCAACCAGCAGGAGUUGACAUCCGGGGAUUGCAAUAUAAUUUAACAGGCGCUGUCCAUGGAUCAGAUUUGGUGACGCUAUUAGGUGACGCCAUGAUGCUUCAAGUUGCACGUCGACCAGCAACAGCUGAAGAAAUACGAAUAUCAUCACAGUUUCGGAAUCAUAUAGUAAAUUUCAUCAAGUUUGGUGUACCGGGAGAUGGUAAAUUGUGGCGACAGUACAAGCCUAAUGAUGAAAAUAUUUAUGACAUACGUAGUAGUGGAAUUGCCAGCAUUAACUAUCGCAGUCCUGAUAGAGAUGUCAAAUUCUGGCUACAUUACCUGCCUCAGUUGUCCAAAGUACUAAAAGUUGUCGAAAAAAGUGAACAUCUUUCCUCCGACAAAGGUGAGAGCCGACUUCGCGGAGGUGUGUUUGCUCUGUGUGGAGUAGCAGUUAUACUAUUGCUGCUUUUAUGCGUGUGUGCAAUUUUAAUUCACAACCAACGGUCACGACGUUUUACAGUCACUGAUGAUAAUCAUUCAAAAAUAGGAUAUUAG